GAAUGAAUAGGGGAGACCUGUUGUUUAGAUUUCAUUGUUUACGCUCCGUCGUUGUCGCAACCGAGUCCGUCAGCCACUCCGCCUGUUUCUCGACGAACCUUGCGAUUCACGUGUGCUGUUUCUCUCGUUCGCAGGAUUGUCGGCAAAAGUUCCAAGGCGGCUCGUUCUUCGAUCACGAGGGUCUGCCCUACUGCGAAACCCAUUAUCACGCCAAGAGGGGAUCCCUUUGCGCGGGAUGUCACAAGCCGAUUACAGGUCGUUGCAUAACCGCGAUGUUCCGGAAGUUCCAUCCGGAACACUUUGUAUGCGCGUUCUGUCUGAAACAGUUGAACAAGGGCACGUUCAAAGAGCAAAACGACAAGCCCUAUUGCCACGGAUGUUUCGACAAAUUGUUCGGCUAAGACGAAACCUUUUACCAGAAAGUAUUCAUAAAUAUUGUAACAUACGGGAAGAAAAA